CUCCUCAAACCUCAGACCAGCGCCGGGCCCAGCCUGCCCCGUCCCAAUCCUAACUGGGAGCAACUGGGGGCGGCGGUGCCCCUCCCCGCCGGCAGGGGGCAGCCUCCCGGCGCGGAGCGUCCCCUCCCGCUGGCCGUACCGCGGCGGGCGCUCCGCCCCGCCCCGCCGGCAGGGGGAGACAGAGCUGCGCCGCCCCCGCCCCCGCGCGGGCGCACGCCAGCCGGAAGUCCUCCGCCCGAGGGACGGUUUGGGCCUCGGUGAGUUCGCUCUAUGAUUGGCGGGGCCGGGGUCACGACUCGGAAGCGGAUCGGCCAUGUUGCCGGGUGACCCCGGGAGCGGUGCUGGGAGGGAGGAGGUGGCGGCGGCGGCGGCGGGGUCUGUCAAAGGGAAGCGGUUGUCGUGAGGGACCCGGAGCGCCUCUCCUUUCCUCCUCGACCCUUCACGGUCACCCAUCCACGCACCGUCCCCCAUGGCAGCGUGGUCCCGGGAGGCUGUCCUGACCCUUUAUCGGGCUCUGCUGCGCCAGGGCCGUGGGCUGCGCUACACCGACCGGGAUUUCUACCUCGCUUUCAUCCGCCGUGAGUUCCGCAAGAACCGGGGGCUGCAGCGGCUAGAGGACAAGGAAAGACAGCUGGAGAAGGGGCAAGCUUUCCUGCAGAGCAAACUCGGGGGCCUGGUUUAAAGAUUCCCU